CAUCCUGUCAAACAGAGGUUACACCAGUCGGGAUUACGCUAGCAAAAAUGUGAUUUUGUACAAACCAAACAGCCAGUUAGGUGUCUGAGUGUGCAUUUGAGUAUCUACUACAUCUGAAUAAAAGCCGCGUGCGCCGAAGCUGCUGCUGUAUUUUCAAGGUUUCCUGUGGAGGUUGUUGGACGGGACAGAGGAGCAUCGACUGAGGUCCCCGGCUCAUAGCUCUACCUCCAUCCCAGAGAUGCUGCCCUGCCUACGGAGAGCUCUACGGCCCGCCCUCUCUCUGAGAGCCGGGGCUGGGCGAACCACAGCCGGACUAAGCAGUCCCCAAACUCCCGCUAUGGCGUCCCCUGUCCGGUGCUCCUCAGAGCCGCCUCUAUACAUGCUGGUGCAGCGGUGUCACCUGGGCACUCACCCGCUGAAGGAGCCCGUGGAGCCCCUUAACUCACCCCGAGGAGCCAAGGAGUUUAUUUACAGCCUUCAUCCGUCUGAACGCACCUGCCUGCUGCGGGAGCUGCACAGGUUCGAGUCCAUAGCUAUAGCGCAAGGGCAGCUGGAGAUUGCACCACCCACUGCAGCACAGUUAAGAUAUGUUCUGCUGCACAACGCGCUCCCUUUCGUUGGAUUUGGAUUCCUGGACAACUGCAUAAUGAUCUUAGCUGGCACACAGAUCGAGUUAUCCAUUGGAGUGAUCCUUGGCAUUUCAACUAUGGCAGCUGCUGCCCUUGGCAACCUGGUGUCUGAUCUGGCAGGACUGGGGCUGGCAGGUUACGUGGAGGCUUUGGCGUCUCGGCUGGGAAUGCAGAUUCCUGACUUAAGCCCCAAACAGGCUGACAUGUGGCAGACCAGAGUCAGCUCUCACACGGGUAAAGCCAUUGGUGUUGGCAUUGGCUGUAUCCUGGGCAUGUUCCCGCUCCUGUUCUUCAAAGAUGAUGACGAGAAGAAAGAGGCUCAGGCGGAGGCGAAGGAGAAAACACAGCCACCGCCUGCUCCAACAGAGAGCAGCAAAAACUGAUACUAACCACCUCACUGGAGACAGAUCCUAUUUCAAACUCAUUAGAAUACUUUAAAUUGAGACUGGUUGGUGGACUGGAGGGUAUGGAAAUGUCACUGAACUUUUAAAAAGUUGCUCUGACCAGGACUUUGGAUUUGAUUGUAGACUCUGAACUGAAGCACAGGGACCUGAACAUCUUAUGGAGAAACGAGAGGAGACUGAUUCACUGGACUGCUGCUACUCCGACUAUCGCACCGUGACCUCACUUCUGUUUAACCAAGCAACACCGGCUGAAACCCAUCUAUCCAGGAGACUCUGCAGCGGCCUCUUUCUCUCCUCUAUUCCCAGUCUGUUUAGCAUAAAUAUUUAUAUCACACAUAAAGGUAAGUGACAGUUUGCAGGUCCCAAAAUACAACCAUGAACUAAUGCAAGAAAGAGCACAUUCAGAACAAAAUCUGCAACCUCGUUUGACAUUUUAUUUAUUUAUUCUUAUUUCCAUUGUCAUUAAGUCUUAUAACUUACACGUGAAGACUGAACGGAGAGGCAGUUUCAUCAGGGUCACAACCAUGCUUUAAAACGUUUUCAGAGAGGUCAAAGAAAGGGUCACAUCUGCACAGGAAGACGGACCCUUCCACAUCACAUACAUUGUUUUUAAGUUUGACAAGCAUGUCUGCAUUUUGAUGAUGUCAGUGUCUUAAAAGUGUCUUGCAAGCCUGCCUGAUUUACACGCUAUGACAAGUCUCUUUUAGCAGGCACAUGCUAGCUGCCUCUUUAGAGUUUUAUGUCUGUUUUUAUUUACUGCUUCGGGAUAUUGUAUGCUUUAUAAUAACAAUCCAAAGAAGUAGAAAUGUUUGAGUAUACUGUAUGUUGCCAGCUAGGUGCACUUCAACAAAAUCUUGAUUUUUGUUAAAGGAAGGUUUGUUAUGAGCUCAAAAAAAUAGAACAGUAAGGAGAGAAGCUAGGUCAGAUUAGUUAAUUUAUGCAAUUAGAGGUGGUUCCCACCGAUCGGUCCUGUUCAGUUUGGCAUGGUAUGCGUUUAUGUGCGUUUCCAUUAUCAAAAAUUGGAAAAUCCCACGUUAGUGACCCGUGCUCUCCUACUCUUUUGGCACCAUUCUGUAGGUGUGCCGAGUUUACAUAUCCAUCCCAAAAGGGUGGAGCUACACAUGCUGCAGGCCAUUGAUUGGUUGGAAGAAUUAACCCUUCCUAUUUGACAGCAGUAAUAAUGGACAAACACAAAACCUGCAAUGUGUAGAUAUCCUGCAGACUUUUGAAGAGUAAUUCAUAAUUUUUGUCUCAACAAUACAAGGUUACCAUUCUCAACAAAGCUCACGACUUUUAUUGCAGCCUGCAGCUUUCUCUCAAACCAAGCUAGUCUUCUAUACUUGUAAUAAAUAGGACUAUGCCAAGGAAGAACCCAAAACACAGCAUGUCCUCCAUUGUUGCCAUUUGUUUAUCGAGUUGCAUUGUUCUCUUUCAUUGAAUUCAUCGACAGGCUACACUGUGAUGUACUGCUAUUAUGUCACACUAUUGCAUAGCUGACCCAGCUUUCACUUAGAGGUGGGAGAAAACAUUGAUUCUUAGAUUCAUCGUGAUUUGGAGGUAGACAAUUCUGAAUCAAUUCAUAAAUGUCCCAUAACUGAUAUCUUAAAUAUUUAAUAUAGUGGGAGCAAGCGCAUCGCAGCAAGGUUUAGUCUACCAGUUGUCCAUCUGGGAAAAAGGAUAUUUUUAUGUCUGUCAUUUCAGAUAUUCUACAAGGAAAGGAUGCUGCUACCUUUGGUUCAGUGCAACUGUAACUUUCCAGUAUACACACAUCUCCCUUUAGAGGAUAGUGGACAUUCAAUUUAUCUUUUUUUUCUAAACAAAAAAUGCAAUAUUUUUAUUAUUUUGGACACAGUGAGAACAACAGAAAUGUAAAAUAAAAAGCAUUAAUAAUCGAUUGAGAAUAAAAUUGUAGCCCCAGGAAUAGUAAUUGACUUGAAUCCUGAGGUAAAGAUUCUGACCUCUACUGUCAAGUAAGAUUACAUUUUCAAGAUUUUCUGUACCAAAAUGAACUGGACUGGUUCACUGGACGAAACCAGACCACUUGGUGGAAACGCACAAAGAAAGGCAAAGGAAGAAAGGGAAAGCAAGAUUGAGAAAGAGAGGGGGAUAGCAUGAAAAAGAGAAAAACAGAGGGGGAGGGAGAGAGAAACAUAAAAGUCAUAAGAAAGAGAGAAAGAGAGAACAAAGAGAGCAUGAGUGGGAGUAGCUAUGGCAGCUAGAUGAGAAAUGCUAUUACUGAAACACCUGAGAACUCAAGUCCAUCUGCACAAAUGUUCAAGCUCCAAUUUAGUGUGAUUAAUCUCCUCCAGCCCUGCAUCAAUUGAGCUGCAGAUAAACAACAACACUAAUCAUUCUUAUGAGUAGAAAGCACAGUUAUAUUUGUCAAGUUUUAGGCCGGAAUAACUCAUAAUUAGGGAGGCCAACACGGGUUCAGAUUUUGUAGACAAAAACAUACAAUAGCUGUUGUGAUAUCUCUAGUGUGUGGUGCUCUUGUACUGCUACACAGCUUAUUCAUAUCCUUUCUCCUCUGCUGCCCUCCACUGGCUGACAUUUAGAGACAUGUGUUUCUUUCAGCGUAUUUCUUAAACUGUUGCACACUUCUGGCACUGAAUCUCUCUGUUUUCUCUGAACACCCUCCAUGUCUGGCUGCUAAGCUCCUCUGAUGUACUUUUUGGUUAUUCCUCUUAGUAUUUGUUCUUUUGGGAUGUAAAUUGGUUAACAUUUUGCAUGAAACAAAAACCCAAAGAGGAUUUAGUUCAAUGACAAUACCAUCCUCCUAAGCCCUAUUCCACCUGACACUGUCUCGUUUUUCUGCAAUUUGUUUGGCAGUUAUUUCAUCUCAUUAGUUAAAACUGAAGGCUGAGUUCUUUCUUGAGAGGAAGCAGCCAUGUGUUAGGAAAUUAAUUUCUUUUUUCUAAUUUUUUUUUUAUAUAUAUAUAAUCACACUUGUGUGGAUGUAUGUUUCACCGCCUAGGCUCUUAAUCUCAAAGAAUAAUCUUGAAAAUACAAACAUUUGUUAGCACUAAAGACCUCUGUGGGUAUAUUUUCAGCAGCAUACUUCGACAUUAAUGACUCUAUGUUACAACCCAACACUAAGGUUACUGAUCAUGCGCUCAAAACUUGAGAUUAUACAAGCACUUAACCUGUAAAAGAUUAUUUAAACAUGGAUAACCGUGAUCUUUAAGUGAGAUAAAGAUGAAGAAAAUGUACAGAGUUGAAUAUAUUAAUGUAGAUAGGGGUUUUGAUCUGAUUGCUUGAUUUCCAUCCUGCAUGCACUGCUAAUAAAAAGAUAUUGUACAUGUUUACUUUGUAAGGAUACUAAAAAAAUUGAGUAUGUUCUAAAUAAAGCACUGCAGGACAAAAUGAAUCACAGCUGGUGAUAACACAUGAUUAUUGUAAUAAAAACAUUUGAAGGUUGUCUAAUCCUUGACAAAGCACAAAGAAUAUCAUGUGUUGCUCUUUCAAAACAGUGAUUUCCAUUAUGAUUUGCACAUAGGAUUUGUCUGUUUGCUGAGGUUUGGCAGAAAGAUACAGAGUCAUCUGGUGGACUGUUAACUGGAUAAUGCAGUGAGGAGAUAUGGCUGUUAAGGUGGAUGCUGCAAAGAGCAGUAUGAAAUGAGAAAACUCUGAUUUUCUAACUUUAGCAAACAUAGCUUAAUCUAAGUAACUGAUAUAGAUUUUUUUGCAUUGGCUUUAGCUAUGUUAUUUAUGUUGCUAUGUUACCCACUUAGCUAACUUAGCUUCAUUACUUUUAGAUUUAGCUAUGUAGCUACGUAACCUACUUAGCUUAUGUAGCUAAUGUAGCUUUACUAGCUUUAGAUUUAGCUGAGUUGGCUACAUAGCAAUGUUUCCUAUGUAGCUUACAUAGCUUUGUUUGCUUUUGCUUUAGCUAAGUUAUUUAUGUAACAUAGCUUCAUUACCUUUAGAUUUAGCCAUGUAGCUAUGUUUCCUAGGUAGUUUACAUAGCUUUGUUAGCUUUAGCCUUAGCUUUGUUAGCUGCGUUAGAGUGUUUUCACCUAGGAAAAGCUUCUUUUUUUCCUGUUAGCAGGCUGUUUACUCAGUUUUGUUAAGCCCUUAAAGCCUGUUGUAUCAUAUUUGAUAAAUACUUUUAUGAUACCUCAACCUAAUCAAUAUGAUCAAUAGACUACAAAAAAAAAUCGGAAAAAUGAUUUUUAAAA